AUGGUUUUAAAAAAAAAUUUAGAAAAAUCCUUAAAUGAUUUGAAAACGAAAAUUAAGGAAUUGGAGCAAAGUAGCAAAGGGUUACGUUCACAAUUCAAACAUUUAGAAGAAAAAGUUAGAGAGCGAGAUGAAGAAACCAAAGCCAAUAUCAAUAAUUUAGAAGAAAAGAAUAGAGAACGAGAAGUAGUGUCCGAAAAAAAGCAAGAAAUUAUUAAUGAAUUAGAAAAGAGAAUCAUUAGAUGUUCUUGUUUAGGAAUUGUCAAUGCGAUAACAGGAGUAGCUGGAAAUGUAGAAGCUUUUCAGAUUUUUUGUUGUAGUCGUGCUAUUAUUCUGACUAUAAAUUAUGCCAAUGCAGAAUUAAUUUGUUACAAGCGAUAA